AUGGAGACCGAGACCGAACACGGCAGCCUCUCCAAGAGCAACGACUCUUUGCCUCGUCAUAGCCCCCCGGACUUCGACGAGAAAAAUGCUCGCAGCAGCUUGAACCAGCUGCAGCCGCAGAGCGGCAUCGAUGAUGUAUCCGAGCCGCCGCCGCCGCCGCGCGACAUGCCCGGCUGGAAGUGGACUCUCGUCAUCUCUGCCAUCUACAGCUCGCAGUUCCUCUUCGCCCUCGACAACACCAUUGUCGCCAACGUCCAACCCGUCAUUGUGCAGGAGUUCAAUGCCGUGCAGAAGCUCUCGUGGCUGAGCGUCGCCUUCCUCAUCGGCGCCGCCAGCACCAACCUCGUCUGGGGCAAGGUCUACGGCCAGUUCAACGCAAAGUGGACGUACCUCCUCUCGGUGCUCGUCUUCGAGGUGGGCUCGACCGUCUGCGGCGCUGCGCCCAACGUCGACGCCUUCAUCAUUGGCCGUGCCAUCUGCGGCGUCUCGGGCGCCGGCAUGUACGUCGGCCUAAUGACCAUGAUUGCCCUCAACACGACCCUACAGGAGCGGCCCGUCUACGUUGGCGGCACCGGCCUCGUCUGGGGGCUCGGCACUGUCCUGGGCCCGAUCAUCGGAGGCGCAUUCACCGACUCAUCCGCCGGUUGGCGAUGGGCUUUUUACAUCAACCUCGUCAUUGGCGCCCUAUGCGCGCCCGUAUACAUCUUCAUGCUCCCCAGCAAGGACCCGCGUCCGGGUGUUUCUGCCAGGGACCGCUGCCGCGAGUUUGACUACGUCGGUGUCGUUCUCAUGAUCAGUGCGUGCGCCUGUUUUGUCAUGGGCGUCUCCUUUGGUGGCGUCACGUACGCGUGGAACUCUGCCCAGAUCAUCGCCCUCUUCUGCGUCUCAGGCUUGCUUUUCAUCAUCCUCGGCUUCCAGCAGGUCUAUACGGUCUUUACCACUGUCGCUCGCCGCGUCUGUCCCGUCGAGUUCUUUGGCAGCCGUACCGUCCUGAUCCUCUUCGCCAUGACGGCUGCUGGCGGCACCGGAAUCUUCCUGCCCAUCUAUAUGGCGCCGCUGUAUUUCCAAUUCACCCGCGGCGACUCGGCGCUGCAGUCGGGCGUGCGACUCCUGCCCUUUGUCUUCCUCGUCAUCUUUACCAUCACCAGCAACGGCGCCCUGCUUGCCCGCUGGGGCCUGUACAUGCCCUGGUACCUUGUUGGCGGCAUCCUAGUCUCCGUUGGCGGCGGUCUCAUGUAUACCGUCACCCUCACCACGUCCGUCUCCAUGGUCUAUGGGUACACCGUCAUCCUCGGCUUCGGAGUCGGGCUCUUUGCCCAGGCGUCGUACUCGGUUGCCCAGGCCGUCGUCAAGCCCGAGCUCGUGCCCUCGGCUAUUGGCUUCAUCUCCACAGCGCAGAUUUUCGGCAUCACCCUUGCCCUAGCCAUUGCCAACGCGCUCUUCCUCAAUGAGAGCGAGCGCGGUAUCCAUGCGCUGCUGCCGAACGUCUCCCUCGAGGAGAUUGAGCAGACCAUUGCUGGAGCCAAGUCGGAGUUGCUGCACCAGCAGAGUGCCGAGAUGACGACCAAAAUUCUGGAAGUUAUUGUCAAUGCCCAGAGCAGGACAUACAUUCUGGUGAUUGUCGCGGGUGUGCUGGUGACCCUGUUGAGUCUGGUGAUGAAGCGCGAACGGCUGUUUAUUAGCACCGCGGCUGGCGGCGUGUAA